GCUGUCGAGGGCUGGAUCAUUCUUGUGACAAAUGUUCAUGAAGAAGCAACCGAAGAGGAUGUAUCAGAAAAGUUUGCAGACUAUGGUGUUAUCAAGAACAUGCAUUUGAAUCUAGAUCGUCGAACUGGUUUUGUAAAGGGGUAUGCGUUAAUUGAGUACCAAAAGUUUCAAGAGGCUAAAGCUGCUGUAGAACAGGCAGACGGGAGCGAUCUGUUGGGUCAGAUCAUCCAUGCUGAUUUUGCUUUUGUACGAGGUGCUAGUGACAGCAAAAGUAUACAGCAUGUUGGUGCAGCACGGCGAAGAGCAGGAAAUUAG